AUGAUGCUGGGUGAGUGUUUAAAAGAAGCGGUGGAUGAACACCGACUGAGCUGCAGUUGGCAUCAUGGGGUGUCAUCUAACGAUCCGAUUACCGCUGGAAGAUUUGGCAUAUUUUUCAAACUGCUUAUGGCCUUCACACGUUUUCGGAUGACAUCUUUAUCCCGGCAGCUUGAAGGUCUCAAAGUUGCGGCUUCGUCGCAACUUGGUGUUGAGCGACCAUACGUUUCUCUUCUAUUUGACCGUAAAGAAGCCGCAGCAUUGUACAAAGAAGAUGUUUUAAAGAUUGGCCGGUCUGGUAUUGCACAGCUACGAAAGGUUGAUCCAAUGAUCAUAAUGGAAGAUGAUGAGGAGGAAUUGUUUGCUGAUACAGCAUUAACUGUGCAACGAGCUGUUCUUUCUAGGGCAGAGAAUGAAAAAUUGGAUAAAGUUUUGGAAAGGGUUUUGAUUCGGAUAUCACCGUAUUUACUUCAUUUCGCAACUCAACAAGUCCUCGAGUGGCUUAUAUUCCGCUUUCAGAUUCAUUCAUUCAACGGGCAAAAACUCUUUAUAAUUUUUCUCCCCUUCCAUAAUACGAAGGUUUUUGCUCGGUUACUCUCAAUUCUCGAUCUGAAGGGAAUAGAGUAUGAUUGGGUCAGAGAAUACGGGAAAGCAGAGGCACCAAUACCAUUCGAAUCCCUGGUUGCAAAAUGUUAUUCUGCGAAUCAUUCUUUGUUAUCGAUGAUAUGCCAAAACAUAGAAGAGGCUAUUAUGCUCGUUGGUGAAGAUUAUGUCGAAAGAAAUCUUUCGCAUUAUUUCGCUUUAUAUGCAAAACUCGAAAUUUAUCUGGUCAGUGACUCGUCAAAGAUUAAUGACAGCCUCAUUUCGAAAAUCUUGCCUUUUCUUGCAACCAGUUUGAAGUCAAAACUAAUGUCAUUGCGACUUGAGGGUCUCAUGGUUUUAUCCCAGUUAUGCAUAUCUGUCUCCCUGACACAGGAGAUCCUUCAUUCAUUGCUAAAGUUGAUAAUGAUGAAAAUUAAUUCCAAAACAUUGCAUUCAAGUGUCGCCACUAUCAUCUUGAUCUGUCAGAGGCAAAAAAUAAAAAGUCUGCCGCUAAAAGGUGUGAAAAAGCUGGUACGGAAAGAAGAUGAUUUACAGAUUACCCCUCAUGUUGUUUCUUUAAGUCAUGAGACUGAUGUAACAAAAUUUCUUUCUGCGCUUUGGCAUACGGCACUUCCCUUCUUUCAAGAAAACGUCGACGAUAACGAUCUGCAAGAAAAGUUGAGCACUUUCUUGAUCCGUUGUUCUGACCCUGAAAUCCUUGAUGAGGAGUUGAUAUCAGUGUUUUUCAACUUAAUUUUUGAAAAUCUUGUUAGUAUUGAUAAAAAAGAAGUUUAUCCAGAGGACUUCCGCAAACAUGUUCGUUCGUGUGUUCUUUAUUUGUUAAUGGUCAUCCGUUCUUUUGAUGUUUCGGAGGCAUUAAUGUUUAACAAGAGAUUUGGUGUGCAAUUCGACUCAGUUUGUGUUGAGUGGAAACUAAGGGAGAAAGACGUAGUUGAAAGAUUUUUAACCAUUUUUAAGGUUGAGGCUCAUGAGGUUGGUAACUUAUUAGGAGAAGUCCCUCUUCCAAAGAAACGACGUCGUCGUUCUAGCAGUAGUUAUCGGAAAAGUCUGGAUAAAAAUGAAGGUUUGGAGGAUGGAAAGGGACGUGUUUCCAAAUCGAAACUAAUCCAACUGCGAGUGGUCGAAAGUCAAGUUGACGCUCUUCGUGGUCCAUUGCGGAAGGAGUUUCAUGGGAAUCCUUUAGAAAAGCUCCUACCACUUAUUGAGGAAGAGGACUGGGAGGAGGCUUCUUUGGGCCUUGAGAAAUUGUCUACUAAAAACUUUAUAAAGCAGUAUGAAGCAAAUGACUUCGAGGCGUUUAUUGUAACGAUGAUAAAGUGUGCCACUACUAGUGCUCUUCCAAUCAAACCGAAUAUUCGCGAUGCUCUAGCCAAGCUUCCAAUAACUGGUGAUUUUGCCUGUACGCUAAUAAAGAAGGACAGUCAGGAACCGUUGCAGAAACGAGCACGUGGGCGUCGCGUUAGCCAAGCACCUUACUUCGCAAAUGAAAACCAGUCUGAUUUUCAGAAGCGUGUGGUUUUUGUUUUGGAAGUAUUUAAUGCAAGUAACUCUGUGAAUACUUCUUCCAACCUGCUAUCUGCUGUUUUCUCGCUACUGAGGGAUUUGAUGGAGCGGGGAGCAGAGGACGAUAAAACUAAAGGCUAUUUGGAAAGGCUUAUAUUUUCUUUUCUUGUGCGGAUUAUAAACAGUCCUGUUAACUACGUGGUAAAGAAGGAAGAUCUAGAAAUGGAUUAUGUUGUGGAAGCGGUUCGGAAUACUAUGGAUCAACAUACACUUCGCGAUUGUUUACGUUUACUGGCUGCGGCUGUCAAAGUGUCGCCGGCAGAUGUUCUCACCAAAAUAAUGUCUCUCUUUACCUUCAUGGGUUCAGGUCUGCUGAAAAAGGACAAUGAGUUAACUCUUGCUACCAUUGAAGAAACAUUAAGCCUUCUUUUUUCCGCCAUUGUUACUGGUGAUGUAAGCUGUGAAAUAUUCUUUUUUAUAAUGUUUUUCUUAGUGAUCUCGCAAACUAAAAUGAGUAAUUUUUUCUAUUGGUAUUAUGGUUUUUUGAAGGAAAAGGUAUUCUGCGAUCGUCUUGUCUCUAUAUCUCGGAUUUUUGCUGCUUCGGUUGCCGACAUUCCAGCUCAUCGAAGGCAGCGUGUUUUGAAGGCAGUUUCCAAGGCGGCGACUGCAUCGCACGUGUGGACAGUUAUUGCUGUACUAUUUGAACAGUAUUGUGUGAAUUGGCAGCGAAGUCAUCUCGGCAAAGGUCGAGCAAACGUAGAGCAGUAUGAAGAAAUGGCCAAUGAGAUGGUUUCUCAAUUUAGCGGCGCAGAACAGCUAUUAUGCGCAUUAAACUUGGUGGAGUAUCUAGUUUUUAUGGGGAAUGACACAGUUGACACAGAACGUAAAAAGAAGGCUACUCCGACUUCUUGUUUCUAUGAAAAGUUGUUUGACCGCUCAAAACAUUCUGUACAAAAACUAAGGCAUUAUCGGUUUGCCCUGAUUGGCUGGAUUGCGAGACUUUUGAGCACUAAAGACUUAUUUGAUAAGGUAGCAUUUAGUGAAGUUUGCUACCGCAGUUCAUUUUACAAACUUAUGGGGAGAGAAUACGGAGUCUCAAAAAAUCAGCAGUUUCUGUACCUCUGUGGCAUAAACGAUGAUGACAUGUACGAUCAGCUGGUUGUUGUCGGAAAGCGUCUUCUGCUUUGUUCUUUGGAAUUGGAUGAUUUUGUCACAAGUGAAAUCGCCGCAUCUUCUUGUAAUAGGUCUAACCAAGCGAACGAAUACGAAGCACGCUUAUUCCGGAACCUACUGCCUGCAAGCGUUAGUGGUCGUUUGGUGGCUGAUAUAUUAGCAGAUGAAAAUGUUGAGUCUAAAAUGCGUGACAAGGCUUUGCAGUUAUUAAACGUAAAACUGAUGCAAGAUGGUGUGUUCCACAAGGAUGGUGGAAUUGAAACAAAACACUUAAUUAGCUUUGCUGGAAAGCUAGUCGCAUGGAUUCAGCCUGCCGAAGCUAAAGACGAGGUUGCACUUUGUCAGAAUGCCGCUUUCACUUUACGCCUUUUGGCGAGAAGGCUACCGACGGCAGAAAGUUCAUCUGUUUUGACGGAGUGUGUUGAGCAGUGCCUCAAUAUUAAUUCUAACUGGCUAAUAAAGUCAGAAAAGAUGUUAAUAAAUUUGCUAACACGGAAGGAAAAAUGUUGCGAGGUCAAGAUGGCUCCCCUAAAUGCUUUCUUUGAUUCUCACCAACAAAAGUCAGAUAAAAUCAGUGGCUUUCAACUUCGAGAAAUAUACCAACUGGAACGGUGGCGUAGUUUAGAUGAGGUUAUGGUGGGAAAUAUUUUCCUUCUCGUAGCCGAACUGUUCAAGUCUCAUAACAUGCGUGCUACUCUUUUGGCUUCAGACGCAGUUGUCCGCAUAUGUUUGGAAACUAUAACACAGCAGUUAGAUAGCAAUUUGCCUUCAAAGGCUGCCGAUUUAGAAGAAUCUGGGUCUCAGAAGAUUGAAAGUCGUAGUGAAAGAAGAAAACGUAUUGCUCAGCAGUCAAUGAGUGGUCGUCGAAUCAGUGAGUUUUAUCUUACUUUUCUACUGCCGGAAAAUAAUUGCGUAAGUGGAGACGCAUGUCUAGUUUGUGCUUUGACUUGUCUACACCGAAUACUGGAUCAAUUUGGCCAAUACAUUUCUGCUCAUUUUACUACUAUUUUCGUGAUAAUGUCGCAGUUAUGCGCUCGCUACGAUUCUCUUUUUGAAGUGAUUGCUCCUGGCGAUAAGUCUGCUGCAGUCAAGCCAUCACCAGUGCUUACUAGGAUUUGCCAGAUACGAAAGAUCUUAGCCAAAUCAGAGUUACGGCUUGUUGUAAAACCAUUUGAGGAAUCCUGCCAAGAGCUGUUGAAACAGCCAAAGGCUUUGGUCUACCUUUUCUCCCUUUACUGUUCGUGUUUGGAGAUUAAAGAAAGAUCAUCGGUAGUGAAAGUACUUGGAGCGUUUUGCAAGUUUAUGUUUGCUGCUUUUCGUCUUCGAGCUCUUAACCCUACUGCUGAGAAGGGAUUUAAAUUUGGUACAGUAAAUCACUUUCAGAUGUAUGAGGUUAUGGUUGAUUGCGAAGGGCGUAUGAUCAACUCACUAAUGUCUGUGAUGGAGUGCUUGUCUGAAAACGACGUCAGGCCCAUUGUUAGUGAGUUGUUGAAGUGGAUAGAACCAGCUGUAGGAUUUCGCACGAAUAAAGAAGAUCGUUCAUUUAUUGUUACUGCCUUCAGCGUUGUUAACAGGUUUUACGAUACCUACAACACACUUGCUUUACCACAUGUUGGACGCUUUUUUGAAUUAGCUCCUAGAAUCCUUACAGAAAUGAAUUGUAGGAAAACAGAUAUUGACUCUCUGUUAUUCUUUGGAAAAAAAGGGACAUUUGAAGCAUUGGAAGGUGAUUCGCUUAUUACUUUAGUUAUUGAUUUUGUUGGAAAAUGUGCUAAACACCAAGAGUUUUUCACAAGUGAACGGGCAAAAAUGGUUCUGGAAUCUCUGGUAGAUGAGCUCGAAAAUACAGCGAUAUCUGGUCAUGAAGGACGCUGUUCACCACAUCUCGCUGAUUGCCUCUAUAAUGUCGCUGAUACUUGUAAUGACUUGUGCGUUUGCGUAUUCCUUGAUAAGUUUUACAUCCUUCCACUUAAGGAAACUAAGAUUUUUCUUGCGAUAGAAUUUCAGAUCGUGAGAUAUCGUACACUGCUUCUUUUGGAACAUAUGUUUUCCAAAAUGGGGGAAGCGGUAGCGCCACUGUUACCUUCUGUCCUACCAUUUUUAAGCGAACUGUUAGAAGGUGAUGAUGAGAAUAAGAAAGUAGAGGAUCAAUGUGAUAAGGUGCUGAGUAUUAUAAGGCAAAAUUUUGGGAAAGAAAUUGCGGACGAUUACAGUAUCGUAGAUUGA